GAGAAACAAAUCAGUAAUAUCAGGACAGGAGCCAUGCUAGCCUAUAUAAGCCCGUGGGACAUUUUCUUUUUCCCUACUUUCUUUCUGGCCUAACCAGCAAACCUACAGCUACUCCUGAGCUCAUCUGAGAGGAUUCAGAACACCAACAUGGAAAACGGUGUUGAUGUCAAAAUAGAAACCAAGGGGGAAAGAAUGCCAAUGAAGCAGAAUCCACUGAGCACGGGUGGGAAGAGUUUCUGCAGAGCUGUGGGUUACCUCACUGGAGACAUGAAGGAUUUUGGAAUCUGGCUGAAAGACAGACCUCUCCUGAUCCAGCUCCUUGACUGGGUGCUGCGUGGGAUUUCCCAGGUGAUGUUUGUCAACAACCCCCUCAGUGGGCUGGUCAUCCUGACCGGGCUCCUGCUGCAGAACCCGUGGUGGACACUCACUGGAUGUGUGGGAACACUUGUCUCAACUUUGACAGCUCUUAUUCUGGGUCAGGACAGAUCAGCCAUAGCAGCAGGGCUGCACGGGUACAACGGGGUCUUGGUGGGACUGCUGAUGGCUGUGUUCUCUGCUGAUGGAGACUACAACUGGUGGCUCCUCCUGCCAGUGGCACUGGUGUCCAUGACCUGCCCUAUUUUCACCAGUGCUUUAAGCACAGUGUUUUCUAAGUGGGACCUGCCUGUUCUGACCUUGCCUUUCAACUUGGCCUUGACCCUCUACCUGGCUGCUUCAGGACCACACAACCUCUUCUUCCCCACCACUGUCAUUCGCCCUGCGACAGCAACACCGAACAUCACCUGGGCAGAUGCUGAAGUCACAAUGCUCCUGCAAUCCAUUCCAGUCGGCGUGGGCCAGGUUUAUGGUUGUGACAACCCCUGGACUGGGGGAAUUUUCCUGAUUGGGUUAUUUAUCUCCUCUCCACUCAUUUGUGUCCAUGCAGUGAUCGGCUCAGCAGUGGGGAUGCUGGCAGGGCUGAGCUUAGCAACGCCGUUUAACCAGAUCUACCUGGGGCUGUGGGGCUACAACAGCUCCCUGUCCUGUGCUGCCAUCGGGGGCAUGUUCCUGGCUCUCACCUGGCAGACACACCUGCUGGCCAUGGCCUGUGCACUCUUCACUGCCUACCUGGGAGCAGCAGUGACCCACAUGUUGUCUGUGUUUGGGGUGCCAUCAGGAACCUGGCCCUUUUGCUUGUCUGCUCUGACCUUCCUGCUGAUGACCACAAACAUCCCUGGGGUCUGCAAGCUGCCACUCUCCAAGGUCACCUACCCAGAAGCCAACAGAGCCUAUCACCUGAUGAUGAAGAAACAUGAGAGGUCUUGCUGUGAGGCAUAGAGACCCAGCAAGAGAGAAACUCAGCAGGUUUUAAGGCCAGAGCACGAGGUGUUUGCCCAACAGACUGUGAUUUGUGUGCUGCAGUGUCCAGCACCACCUUCUGCCUGGAGAGACCUUUCCCACCACGUCUGUUUGUUCUGUUAAGAAGAUUUCUAUUAGGUAGGACUGUGCUGUGCUGGAAGGACCUUUCCCAAGAUCAACCUGCUAUGAUUUUAAAGCACACAAGUCUGAAAAGACACUUGAAUUAUAAACAAUGGGAAAAUUACUUAUAAGCUGAAAAGAAAAAUCUCUCUGUGAAAUUGAAGACACAGUUGAAAUCAGACAUAAAGAAAUAAAGAUCAUCUUUCAGCACAUGAGGGGACUUCAGAUUAAUGGCUAAACAGCUUAUGACAGCAAUAGGAGGCAUCCUAGAGAGUUUCAUUGUAGCAGAGAAAUGGAAUAAAGAGCACUCUUUGCCAAGUAGAAAAUGGAUUGUGAAGAAUUCUGCCUGGAGGACCUCUCAAACCCUGUGGCAAGAGAUGUUUAUUAGCAAUCAACAAACAUAAGAUGGACAUGAUUUUUUGUGAUUUUUGUGCUAAUCUCAUGAUUUCUCUUAAUACUUGAACUUGGUGAUGGGUUAGCCAAGGAGGGGACAGCAAGAAAGUCAUUGCUGUUCCUUUCCUGUGCAAUAAAAUAGCUCUGGUCAGUCAGUGCACAGAUAGAACUAGUUUGACCUGAUCUGCUUAAAUUCUCUCCCUACUUCUCCCUCAGCCCACGAAUAUCAAACAUCAAAAUGCUGCACUGUCCCAGCCUGCUGCUGGAGAAAAGGAGGCUCAGGGGGGACCUUGUGGCUCUGCACAGCUCCCUGACAGGAGGGGACAGCCGGGGGGAUUUGGGAUCUUAUCCCAGGGAACAGGGACAGGAGGAGAGGGAACAGCCUCAGGCUGGGCCAGGGGAGGGUUAGAUUGGAUAUUAGGGAUAAUAUUUCUGUAGAAAUGGUUUUCAAGCCUAGAAACAGGCUGUUAGGGGCAGUGGUGGCAUCCCCAUCCCUGCAGGGAUUUAAAGUUGUGGAUGUGGCACUUGGGGGCAGGGGUCAGUGGUGGCCUGGGCAGCAAUUCUGUGGUCCUGAGAAGCUGCUGCUCUGCCAUUUCUCUCUGCCCCACGGUGGGAAGGGGAUGUCUGAGGACCAGCAGAGCUCUGCAGGACACCAGCCCAUGCCCCCCUGCCCAGGCCCCAGGUGGGCAGUAGGGAAGGGGGAAGCUGGGCUUGUCCCAGCAGUGUGGAUCACCCCAACAGGGAUCCACUCUGCCACCUCUCUGCCUGCCUCACUGGCAUGCUCUGUGUCAUGGUGGAGCUCACAUCUUCACCAAAAAUAUUCCAUGUGCUCAGGUCCUGCAGCUGACAGGAGCCCACAUGCAGCAGCAUCCCACCAGGAAAAUCAAAUCAAAACCUGGUUUUCUUGUAGCAGAUAAAGUUUAGCAUGAUUUUUGAGUUUUGGAAGGGGGAAAAAGAAACAUCACAAAGAUCUAAGUGUGAAAUACUUGUGAACUGUUGGCAGUAUCUUCUGGUGAAGUUUUGGGUUUUCAGGUGUUCAACAGUAUUUCUGUAUGACUGACACUCACUUGUAAAAUGUAGCAUUUCCAUUAUUUACUUAAUAAAUAUCUACAU